AUGAGUGAGACAACAAACGGUGUGACCUUCCAGGUUACUACCCACGAGGAAACGGCCAUCACCGAGAGGAAAUACGCGAAAAUCACGUUACCAAGGUUUAGCGGUAGUGGACCCUAG